AAUUUUAUUAUUAUUUUAUUAAUGUAUACCCAAAAUUAUAUUUGAUUCUUCUUUUUUUUUUGUUGAAAUUAGCUUGAAUUUUUUUAUGUUAAUUAUAGAGUGUUAGGAGCUAAAUUUCAGAUGCUAAUUUGGUUUAUGAUAGUGUUUAAUUUUAAUCUGAACACUGGGUAGCACAAAUUAUGUUUUUUGAUAGGUGUAUGAAAUUAAGGUUAAGGUGAUUUUGUGGGUUUAGUUAGCAUUGGGAUAAUGCUGCUGGGUUUUGAGAUUAGGAUAAUUUCUUUGUUAUUAAUAGGUACUGCUCUGGCUUUGUGAGAAUAUAUAAAUAAAAAAGGGUAAGUUUUUAGUGUAUGGGAGUCUUUUGUGGUAAUUGGGUGUAGAGAAAGACCAUAUUUUGAAGGUUGUUUGUAUCUUUGACUUUGUUUUUAAUGUUCAUUUGGGAUGAGGUUGUCUUUACUGGUUUUUUGGUUCUCUGCUCAUGAUGUUUUUGAGGGAGUUUAUAUUGAUAUAAGUUAUAUAAUCAAGUGGUUAAUGAGCUUUAGUGAAGGUUGAAUUGGUCGUGAGUACCCGAUUUUGGAUUCGGAUUUGAACAGUCUUUGACUAGACUUUACUUACCUCAUAGUCUAACUCCUGAUUACUAGGGGCCCUUGAAAUUUGAAACUUGUGGCUUAAGACCACAAAAUAUUGAUCAGUGUUAUACGCAGGGCCGUCUUAAGUUUUCAGAGGCACAGUGUAGGUUAAUCACGGUUUGAAUGUGACAAAACAAAUUGAGCCCCUAUCUUGUAACGGUUUAACUAUGUCAAUUUUUGAAUCCACUGUGCGGUAGCCCGCCUUGUACACCUUAAAGACGACCUUGGCUAUACAUAGGAAGGAGGCAAUUUUGUAGCGCUUCUCAUCGAAUUUGUUAUGUGAUAAAGGGUGAAUCAGCUGAGGUGGUUCAAUGUUCAAUACAAUCACUAUGGAAUCCUGCAAUUGUGUGGAGCCACAAUGGCCAGCUGAUGAUUUAUUAAUGAAGUAUCAAUAUAUCUCUGAUUUCUUCAUUGCACUUGCUUAUUUCUCAAUCCCGCUCGAGCUUAUUUACUUCGUUAAGAAAUCAGCGGUAUUUCCGUAUAGAUGGGUCCUUGUUCAGUUUGGUGCCUUCAUAGUUCUAUGUGGAGCAACACAUCUGAUUAAUUUAUGGACCUUCACAAUUCAUACAAGAACCGUGGCGAUUGUAAUGGCCACCGCUAAGAUUUUAACUGCUGCGGUAUCGUGUGCCACUGCGCUUAUGCUUGUACAUAUUAUUCCCGAUCUAUUAAGCGUUAAAACUAGGGAGUUAUUUUUGAAGAAAAAGGCUGCAGAUCUUGAUAGAGAAAUGGGUAUGAUUCGUACGCAGGAAGAAACCGGCCGACAUGUUAGGAUGUUGACUCAUGAGAUCAGAAGUACUCUUGAUAGACAUACAAUACUGAAGACAACUCUUGUUGAACUCGGUAGAACUCUUGGACUAGAGGAAUGUGCGUUAUGGAUGCCGACACGUACUGGGUUGGAGCUUCAACUUUCUUACACGUUGCGACAGCAGAACCCUGUUGGAUAUACAGUGCCGAUCAAUCUUCCUGUGAUCAACCAAGUAUUUAGUAGCAACCGCGCAGUUAAAAUUUCAUCUAAUGUUCCAGUUGCUAGAUUACGGCCUCAUGCUGCAAAAUACAUGCCUGGGGCCGUAGUUGCUAUUCGGGUGCCUCUCUUAAAUCUUUCUAAUUUUCAAAUAUAUGAUUGGCCUGAGGUUUCAACUAGAAGCUAUGCUUUGAUGGUUUUGAUGCUUCCGUCUGAUAGUGCUCGACAAUGGCAUGUUCAUGAGUUAGAGCUGGUCGAGGUAGUUGCUGAUCAGGUAGCUGUUGCGCUUUCGCAUGCGGCAAUUUUAGAAGAGUCAAUGAGGGCAAGGGAUCAGCUUAUGGAGCAGAAUGUUGCGCUUGAUAUGGCUAGAAGAGAAGCAGAAACAGCAAUUCAUGCUCGCAAUGACUUUUUGGCUGUAAUGAAUCAUGAGAUGAGAACUCCGAUGCAUGCAAUUAUUGCGCUCUCUUCAUUGUUACAGGAAACAGAUAUGACUGCCGAGCAACGUCUGAUGGUGGAAACAAUAUUGAAAAGCAGCAACUUAUUGGCUACGCUCAUCAACGAUGUUUUAGAUCUUUCACGGCUUGAAGAUGGCAGUUUUCAACUUGAAACAUCAAAUUUUAACCUUCAUUCAAUGUUUAAAGAGGUCCUUAAUUUGAUUAAACCCGUCGCAUGUGUUAAAAAGCUGUCGCUUACUUUACAUUUCGCGUCAGAUUUGCCGGUGUAUGCAAUUGGUGAUGAAAAGCGUCUCAUGCAAACUCUUCUCAAUGUUGUUGGUAAUGCUGUUAAGUUCUCAAAAGAGGGAAGCAUUUCAAUCACCGCAUUUGUUGCAAAGCCGGAAUCCUUCAGGGAUAUUAGAUUUCCUGAUUUCCUACCAGUGCCAAGUGAUGGCCACUUUUAUUUGCGAGUACAGGUAAAAGAUUCAGGAUCAGGAGUCAAUCCACAAGAUAUCCCGAAGCUAUUCACCAAGUUUGCGCAAAACCAAUUAGCGACAAGAAAUCCUAUUGGAAAUGGGCUUGGCCUUGCAAUUUGUAGAAGGUUUGUGAAUCUCAUGGAAGGCCAUAUUUGGAUCGAAAGCGAGGGUAUUGGCAAAGGAUGUACAGUCAGUUUUAUUGUAAAACUCGGAAUUCCAGACAGAUCAAAUGAAUUUAAACUACCUUACAUACCGAAAGCUCUGGUAAAUCAUGGAUCUACAAACAUUGCCGGUCUCAAAAUUCUUGUCUUGGAUGAUAAUGGGGUGAGCAGGUCAGCCACAAAGGGGCUUCUUAUGCAUUUAGGAUGCGACGUCACAACUGUAGGCUCGAGCGAAGAAUGCCUGCGUGUUGUUUCACAGGAACACAAAGUGGUCUUCAUGGAUGUCUGUACAGGGUUAGAUGGUAAUGAAUUAGCGGUUCGUAUACAAGAGAAGUUCGCGAAUCGUCAAGAUAGACCACUUAUAGUUGCUCUCACCGGAAACACCAACAAGUGGACUAAAGAAAACUGUAUGAGAGCUGGUGUGAAUGGCCUUGUCUUAAAACCUGUUUCUGUUGAGAAGAUGAAGGGUGUUUUAACAGAACUCUUGGAGCGGCGAUUUGUGUUUGAAACAGUUUAAACUACCAUAAUGUCAUCCUAUUAUGAAAAACUUUUGUUGUACAUAGCAAAACCAAAUUAGCAGAGAUGCGAAUUUAUGAUGUAUGGAGGAACUCAAAUGAAAAAGUAUAAAGGAGGCCCUAAGCCACUGCUGAGUCUGGAUUGCUUAAUCCAUUUUUGUGAACGAAGUUCAUAUAUAGACAUAUUCAUUUUUGUAUAA